AUGCAGGCCGCCGCCACCGCCGCCACCGGCCUCGGCCCAUCCCCACUCACCCCCGCCGGCGGCGCUCCGCCGUGGCGUAGCCAUCCCUCCGCCGCCCUUCUGUGCUUCCCACCUCUCCGCUCCCCUCGUCGGCGGCGCCGCCACCUCUCGCUGGUGCAGGCGGUGGACGCCGCCCAGCCCUUCGACUACGAAGCCAAGGCCUCCUCCCUCCUGGAGCAGUCCUCCCGUCUGAAGGUUGCCGUCGUCGGCUUCGGCAACUUCGGCCAGUUCCUCUCCCGCACCAUUGUCAAGCAGGGCCACGCCGUCCUCGCCCAUUCCCGCUCCGACUACUCCGCCGCCGCGCGCGAGCUCGGCUGCGCCGCCUUCUUCUCCGACCCUCACGACCUCUGCGAGGCCCACCCGGACGUCGUCCUCCUCUGCACCUCCAUCCUCUCCCUCCGCUCCGUCCUCGCCUCGCUCCCCCUCCACCGCCUCCGCCGCUCCACCCUCUUCGCGGACGUGCUCUCCGUCAAGGAGUUCCCCCGCUCGAUCCUCCUCCAAACCCUCCCGCCGGACUUCGACAUCGUCUGCACCCACCCGAUGUUCGGGCCGGAGAGCGGCGGCGGCGGGUGGGCGGGGCUGCCGUUCGUGUACGAGGAAGUGAGAGUGGGCGGCGGCGAGGAGCGGCGGCGCCGCUGCCGGAGGUUUCUGGAGAUAUUUGCAGGGGAGGGUUGCAGGAUGGUGCAGAUGAGCUGCAAAGACCACGACAGGUACGCGGCGGAGACGCAGUUCGUGACGCACACGGUGGGGAGGAUGCUGGCGAAGCUGGAGCUGGAGUCGCGGCCGAUCAAUACCAAGGGUUACGAGACGCUGCUGCAGCUGGUGGAGAACACCUGCAAGGACAGCUUCGACCUGUACAAUGGGCUGUUCAUGUACAACAAGAACUCCACGGAGCUCUUGGACAGGAUGGAGCUCGCCUUCGACUCCCUCAAGAAGGAACUUUUCGGCCAGCUCCACGAUAUUCUCCGCAAGCAGCUCUUCGGCAGCGACGACGACGACGGCGAUCGCCACAUCCAGCAGCACCAGCAGCACCAGCAGCGCCAGCAGCACCAGCAGCACCAGCAGCACCAGCAGCACCAGCAGCAACAGCCAUGA